AUGAGUAGGGAUCGUGAACAGUGCUAUUCAACAUUGGCAGCUGAUGAUUCAGGGUUACGAUUCCACUAUGUGGCUGCUGGAGAAAGGGGUAAACCACUGAUGCUGCUACUUCAUGGCUUUCCAGAAUUCUGGUAUUCUUGGCGCCAUCAAUUGCGGGAAUUUAAAAGUGAAUAUCGAGUGGUGGCCCUGGAUUUGAGAGGUUAUGGAGAAACAGAUGCUCCUUCUCACAAAGAAAGUUACAAGUUAGAUUGCCUGAUAGCAGAUAUAAAGGACAUUUUGGAAUCUCUAGGAUACAACAAGUGUGUGUUGAUUGGCCAUGACUGGGGAGGAAUGAUCGCUUGGUUAGUGGCUAUUUGUUACCCUGAAAUGGUGACUAAGCUCAUUGUGGUAAAUUUCCCUCAUCCUUCUGUAUUUACAGAAUACAUUCUACGACAUCCAUCACAAUUGAUUAAAUCUGGUUACUACUUCUUUUUCCAAAUGCCAUGGUUUCCUGAAUUCAUGUUUACUCUAAAUGAUUUCAAGGUUCUGAAAAGUUUAUUUACCAGUCAGGCCACUGGAAUUGGAAGGAAAGGCUGCAGAUUAACAGCAGAAGAUAUCGAAGCUUAUCUGUAUGUCUUUUCACAACCUGGAGCACUAACAGGACCCAUUAACCAUUACAGGACUAUUUUCAGCUGCCUACCUCUGCAGCACCACGAAGUCAUCAUGCCAACCCUGCUGUUAUGGGGAGAAAGAGAUGCAUUUAUGGAAGUUGAGAUGGCAGAAAUUACAAGGAUUUAUGUUAAAAAUCAUUUCAGAUUAACUAUUUUGUCUGAAGCCAGUCAUUGGCUCCAGCAGGAUCAACCUGACAUAGUGAACAAGUUGAUAUGGACCUUUCUUAAGGAAGAGACAAAAAGAAAAAGAGAAUGACCGUACAUGUUUUAAGAGGUCUACGUAAAAGCUCUUCAGAUUUAAAACCUAAUUGUUAUCAGGGCCAUAUUUCCAGCCUGCCUUCUAUUUUGAGCUCUGUUAGAGAAAAGUGUUUUCAUUGUACUGUAUAUUUGGACACUAAUGUUACAGCUAAAAGAAGUGAAUUUGAGAAUAUAUGAUACCAACAUUGGUUUUACCUGUACACUUGUAUUUUGCACAUAAAAACACCUGCCUUAAGAUACAUAUGUAUUUGUACAGAAAGAAAAUCAUGGAAAGUUGCUUGGUUUUGUUUUUUCUCUUGCUUUACGGUUUUAAUGUGUGGUGCCUUUUACAAAUUUAUAAUGAAACAAUGGAGUGGUGCCAUACUGAAGAAAGUCACGAGUUUUCAUUCUAGAUUUGCCUGAAUUUUUUUAAUGUAUUUUACCAUUAAACAGUAACUAACUCUUUUUAUCUAUAUUUUAGCAUACUGAACGAUUGAAAAUUUUCUGGGGUACGUUUCUAGUCUUUAAGUGAAUAAUGAUACGUAUCUUGUUGUAUUGUUGAAUGCAGCUGCUUUGUGCAAUGUGUUUUUCUUUCUUGACUAAAAAAUGGGAAAUCUGUACACUCAACAUGUCUGAACAAGAAAAAUGGAAAAUUAAGAUAUAACAUGUAUCAAAUCCACCUCUGUCUAAUAAAAUGCAACAUACA